GUGGUGGUUGCUGGGACAGAGAGGGCGGAAGUGGAGGUCAGUAGAGAAACGGCAACAACAUGUCUGUUGCUAGCUUGACGUCCUUGAGCCGCUGCGGUGUUUUGGCGCUGCGCCCCUCAGCCGGCCUGGUGGCAGUGCGGUAUGCGCAGACAGCAGCCGCUCCAGCCGCACAGCCCAGGAUUAAGAAGUUCCAGGUAUACAGGUGGGACCCAGACACUCCAGGAGACAAACCUCGCAUGCAGACCUUCGAGAUCGACCUAAACACGUGUGGCCCAAUGGUCCUGGAUGCUCUCAUCAAGAUCAAAAAUGAGAUGGACCCCACACUGACGUUCCGCCGCUCCUGCAGAGAAGGGAUUUGUGGAUCCUGCGCCAUGAACAUCAACGGUGGAAACACGCUGGCCUGCCUCAACAAGAUUGAUGAAAACACCAGCAAAGCCACCAAGAUUUACCCCCUCCCACAUAUGUAUGUGGUCAAAGACCUCGUGCCGGACAUGAGCAACUUCUACGCCCAGUACAAGUCCAUUGAGCCCUACCUGAAGAAGAAGGAUGAGUCCCAGGAGGGAAAGGAGCAGUACCUGCAGACAGUGGACGACAGACAGAAACUGGACGGCCUGUACGAGUGCAUCCUGUGCGCCUGCUGCAGCACCAGCUGCCCCAGCUACUGGUGGAACGGAGACAAAUACCUGGGACCUGCCGUGCUCAUGCAGGCGUAUCGCUGGAUGAUCGACUCGCGAGACGAGUUCACGGAGGAGCGUCUGUCCAAACUGCAGGACCCUUUCUCUCUGUACCGCUGCCACACCAUCAUGAACUGUACCAAGACCUGUCCCAAGGGUCUGAACCCUGGAAAAGCCAUCGCAGAGAUCAAGAAGAUGAUGGCCACCUACAAGGACAAGAAAGCAGCUGCUGUUUGAGCGACCAGUAGAUGUCUUCUCUACAACCUAUGAUUAAAUUAUAUAUUCAUUCUAAACAAUGCUUCUUCAGCGCUGAUGGACUUGUACACGUCACACACACACACCAUCAUAAAUAAAUGUGUGUGUAUGUGAAUCACGUCUGAGGACUUGCACAUGUACAUACUGAUUUGUGUGUACCAUAACAUGUUUUUCUUGCCGUGUAUUCAAAACCAUUGUGUGUAUUUAUGUGCACUUGGUAAAUAGUGCAUGGUACAUGGUAUUUUUUUCUGGAAUGUUUUUAUCUCUCAGCCUUUUCAGUGUGCAGCUGACUGGUGUGCUUUGCUGGGAAUAAAACAUUGACUCUG